AUGCAUAGCGCCAGGCUUGGAUCUUCUGCAGGCACCGUGGAUGACGCCGAUUUGGUCUCCAAUCCUAUCUGCGGGCGGCAGCCUCCUUCUCCACAAAAAAGUUCGCUGCGCUCCAGGCACUCGACCGCUGGUUAUAAUUUCUCUUCGUCCCUUUCCGACGAAGGCUACCACACAAAAUGCGAUGAUGUUGCCCUCGAGAUGAAAAUCAAAUCUCUCACCAGGGCGCCGCCGCCUCCGGGCGACGGUGCGAUGCGACAACCUCGAAACCUCGAUCCUUCUCAUCAUCCGUUCGAACGAGCAAGAGAAUAUACACGAGCCCUCAAUGCGGUCAAAAUGGAGCGCAUGUUUGCCGCUCCCUUCGUUGGUCAACUAGGCGGAGGUCAUGUUGACGGAGUGUAUUCUAUGGCGAAAGAUCCGGGCUCUCUUGAGAGAUUCGCAAGCGGCAGUGGCGAUGGUGUGGUCAAAGUCUGGGACUUAGCCAGCCGUGAAGAGGUGUGGCAUGCCAGAGCACAUGAAAAUGUGGUCAGAGGCAUGUGUUGGACGCCAGACCGAAAACUGCUUUCUUGUGCCACCGACAGGACCGUCAAGGUGUGGGAUCCCUACAACGGAGAGAAGAAUGGCCUGCCGUUGGCCACCUACCUUGGGCAAGGCGCAUUCACAGACAUCUCACACCAUCGGGACCAUUCAUCUUUCGCAGCUUCCUCCAGUUCAAUUUCCAUCUACGACCUUUCGCGACCGUCGUCAGGACCGAGCCAGGUCCUACAGUGGCCAACCUCUACCGACACUGUCACAGCCGUCUCUUUCAACCAAACGGAAACAUCAAUACUCGCAUCCGCCGCCCUGGAUAGAGCGAUUGUCCUCUAUGACCUCCGGACCUCCUCGCCCGUCUCAAAGGUUGUCCUCAGACUAGCAUCGAACGCAAUUUCGUGGAAUCCCAUGGAGGCUUUCAACUUCGCUGCCGCAAACGAGGAUCACAAUAUCUACAUAUUCGACAUGCGAAAGCUUGAUAGAGCUCUGAACGUCCUGAAAGACCAUGUAGCUGCUGUGAUGGACGUGGAGUUCAGUCCAACAGGUGAAGAAUUGGUCAGCGCAUCCUAUGAUCGUACAAUUCGUCUGUGGAAUAGGGAUAGAGGGCAUUCCAGGGAUGUCUAUCACACCAAACGAAUGCAACGAGUCUUCUCAGCAAGGUUCACGGCCGACAACAACUAUGUUCUGUCGGGGUCGGACGAUGGCAAUGUGAGACUAUGGCGAACAAACGCUUCAAGUCGCGGUGGCAUCAAGUCAGCACGACAACGACAGAAAAUGGAGUACGACCAGGCUUUGAUCAAGCGGUAUUCCCAUAUGCCGGAAAUUCGACGUAUCAAGAGACACCGACAUCUGCCCAAGACUGUCAAGAAGGCAGGCGAGAUCAAAGGAGAAGAAGUUAAGUCUAUCAAGAGGAAAGAAGAGAAUGUGCGUAAGCACAGUAAGAAAGGGAGUAUGCCUCGUCAGAGCGAGAGAGAAAAAAUGGUUCUCGGCACCGAGAAGUGAGGCGCCCUGGACGUUCAACAGCUACUCACUCAAAUGUCGGAGAAUUUCGACAUCACUAGCCGCUAGAUACAUCCACUUUCCCCAAGGCAGGAUACACAUGCACAGUCUCCUUAGUCCGGGAAGUGCCAGCAAGGUAUAGCGAACCGUCAAUGCUGUACCGAACGUAAGAACGCGACGAGCAAUCGCCAUUGAAGGCCCUGAUCUGCAAUGGAGCCAUUAGAGGUGUCGCUCCUCAGGCGUUUUGAAUGGGCUCAAAGGAUGUCUAGUGUCGAACAGGCAGAGACAAUGUCGCGUCAGAUGGGCAGUGGCAAGGGACUGAUACCUUUCCUGGAGGAAUGAGGAGGUUUGAGAAGGGCAGAUACACGUCUGCGAAGUAUGCCGUAUAUCGGUUGUGCUUCAAUUCAUCAGCUCGUCACUCACGCAGGGCCUGAGCUGAUUUUUGCUUCAGCGUGGACAUGAUCGAUUCUGCAAUCCCUCCUCAUGGCCCUCACAGUUUCUUCUGCCUCUGUCCCUGCACGUUUGUCCACCCUUCCACCUUCUGGAAAUCCAUAACCUUCCCAUCCCCUCCAAAUCUAUCCUGCGUAUCCCUCCAGUCCCUCUCCACCGCCGUCUCCGGCCUCCAUCGAAACCCCUUCUUCAUCCUCGGCUCCAUGCGUCCCUCGAGCGCGUCCACAACCUGAAUUCCCACGGCUGGCAUCGUCAUGAAUCCCAUGCCGGAUCCGCCCACGGCCACCACCAGGCUCGAAUACCUAGGGUGCCGAUCAAUAAGGAACACUCGAUCCGGUGUAUCCGCGUCCCAGCAUAUCCUGGCGAAACUGAACGGGCGGUCUGCGAUUUGUGGCACGGUUUCACGCAGGAAUUGCCGCGCCCGGGCCUCGGCUUCGAGUGGGAUUUGUUG